ACCGGAAUACUGUCCCGAGGAGGCAGCGAGUUCGACUCGUGCCGGGUUGCGAACCGCACACGGUUCGUCGAUCGUUCACCUCGCGCAAGUGAGGGGGUGUUUUCGCUGCCAGAGACACAGCGUCGCGACGCGACGCGACGCGACGCGGCGUGGGAACGCGGCAAUUUUCUCGUCGCUGUCUCCUACUUUCCUCUUUUUCUCCAGCUGUCGACGGAGGCAUUAACGCGCUGCAAACCGCGUUGCCAAAAAAAGUAUCGAGAUGAAUAAAGUAUCGGGUGCUGAGGAAUAGAUAUACGAUUUGUCUCGUCGCGAGUGCGGAUAGAACCUCGCGGUGCCAUCGGCAGCGGAAGAGGCGAGCACGGGUGAGUUAGGGGGUCGUUCGCCGGCGGCGGCGGAGAAUGAUCCGAGUGGGGAAGGAACGUUGAAGACUCUAUCUUCGGGAGAACCGAUAUAUAAGUCGCGCGCCGGGCCGGUUGGAACCGCUCUGUGAUUUAUAAGCUGCAAUCGUAAAUCCGUUCGCAAUCGGGUUGGAGAAGAAAGGAAAAAGGUGUGUGUAGGUGUGCCGUGGGUGUACGUGUGUUCUCCGGUAUGACCAGUCACGAGUGAGGCUCUCUCCCCGGUAUCCCCGACAUCCAUUCUCGCGGAAUCACACGAACACGUGCGAUUCCGGAAAGAUGAUACGCGACUACCUGAUACUGCUCUCGUGGCUCUGCGCGGUGCAAGGGAAGAUAGGAUAUUUCUGGCAUAUCACCGAUAUUCAUUACGAUCCAAAGUAUACUACGCAAGGAAACGCCGCUACCAUGUGCUGGAACACGAGAAACAUCGUCGAUGGCGGACGUACGAGGCUCGACAGAAAACUGGCGGGCAAGUUUGGCGACUACAGAUGCGACUCGCCCUGGGCCCUGAUCGAAUCGGCGGCGCGGACGAUGAGAUCGAGGCCCGGCGAUAUCGAGUUCGUCCUGUGGACGGGUGAUGCGCUGACGCGCAAUGCCGGCAUGAACGCCGAGCUGCGUUUGCAAUGUUUGCGGAAUUUGACCGAGCUGUUGCACCGCACGUUCAAAGGACAAUUCGUGUUCCCCGCGCUCGGCCACGAAGACAUAGGCCUGAAUUACACGCAGCUCGCAUCCGUCUGGCAGAACUGGCUACCGCCGGAAGCGGUGGACACUUUUGUAAAGGCCGGCUACUAUACGAUCGAGCAGCGCUCGAAAAAAUAUCGGAUCGUCUUCCUUAAUACGAAUUUGUGGCUGAACCCGGUCGACAGCCGUAUGCUACAUCGGGCCGGAAGUAGCACGGUCGAUAACACGCAGGAUCCCUUUGGCCAAUGGCUCUGGUUCCAGUCGGUCCUCGAGAAUGCGCGGAAGAAGAAGGAGACGGUGUACAUAGUCGGCCACACACCACCGGGGGUGGACGACCACGAAAGCGGCGCCGUAGCGCUUAACGAGAGGCACAACACGAAGUAUCUGCAGGUAGUGCGGCUCUAUUCGGACAUCAUCCGGGGACAAUUCUUCGGUCACUGGCAUUCGGAUACAUUCCGGGUGAUAUACAGCGACACAGGUCUGCCCGUAUCCUGGAUAAUGAUGGCUCCCAGCGUAACGCCGAGCACUGUCGGAGGGCCAAACAACCCGGGCUUGCGACUCUACAAGUUCGAAACUAACACCGGACAGAUUCUAGAUUACACGCAGUACUAUCUUAAUCUGCCUGAAGCGAAUUCAAUCGGCAAAGCGAACUGGGUAGCCGAGUACUCGCUGCUCGACUAUUACGAGCUGCAGGAGAUAUCGGCGAUCACUCUUCACGAUCUGGCGGACCGGUUUACGCAGUCGAACGAUUAUGCCUUCGUCAGGUAUUACGCGGCCAACACGGUCUCGUUGCCGCGCGAGGUGGAGCAAAUCUGGGGCUGCGGCGGUCCUCUCAACGGAGUAUGUGCGCUGCAUCAUUACUGCACUGUGACGAGGCUAAAUCCCGAGUCCUACAGGGAGUGCUAUUCAUCCUACGCUUACGCCCUGGCGUCCACGGGACACUCCACCGUACGUCUCUACUUCGCGUUGCAUCUGCUAGUCCUGCUGAUUUGCGCUGAGGUUCUGAACGACCGGUAGGAUGAGCGAGACGAGAGGACUCCCGAUCGCGCGGGUCACGCUCCGCGUCGGCCCUCCACGACGAUGGUCCGCGUCUUUUUCUCUGGCAGAAUCCGAUCGAGACGCACCAUCGAUCGGCCACGGAGUGGAUCAGAUCGAUCUAGGAGUGGUCCACGAGUUAAGGCGAACGCGUCUAGCGAUACGGCGUGUUACGCCGCCCAAUGUGUCAUCUACUUUGUCUAUGUCUCUGUCGUGUCUCCGUCUUCUCCUUGUCGCGCCACCGAAAUUGUUCAGGCGCGCUCUCGUUCCGUCGUGUUUGGUGUUGCGUGUGUACGCCCGUUUUCAAGUGAGGCUGUAAAAUCCAAAUUCCGGAUGGGAUUAUUCAACAGAUAUCCAGAUUGCUCGGACGCCGCCGCAAUUCAGCUUUGAAAUUGAGAUAUCCGAAUAAUUCGGGUAAUACGAUUAUUCGAAUAAUUCCAGUAAUUUGGACAAUUCGGAUAAAUCGGAUAAUUUGAGUAAUUUGGAUAAUUCCGUGUACUGAAGUAAUUCAAAGAAUAUUUGAAUACGAUAAAUAAUAAUAAUGGCUUUCUUCUUCCUCUUCUUUCUCCUCUUCCAUCUCUCUCUUUCUCUCUUUCUUUCUCCCUCUAUCUAUUUAUCUAUCUAUCUUUUUCAAGCAAAUAUAAAUUUCAAAGUUGUCCAAGAAUCUAUUACUAAACCAAUUCGAGAGUUUUAGGACAAAUGAACACUCGAUUGAUAAUUCUCAGUGUAUAAUUAUUUAAAUAAAUAAUAUAAAAAUUCAUAAUUGGACGUUUCUCAAGUAUCCAGAUACUUUGGAUCAGAAAUCUCGUAUUCGUAUUUAUCCGAAAUAUCCGAAUAAUAUGGGAAGAUUGGAUUUAUUUGGCUAAGUCGGCAAACUUGCUAAUAAUUCUUUCUUAUAGAUUAAUUAUUAACUCGGGUCUAAAUAGAAAUUAUCUUGAGAAAUUUAAAUUAAAAAAUA